AGGCUGCAGGAGAGAGAUGUAAUAAUGAGAUGGAAAUAGUAAUAUAAUAUUAAUAACGAUAAUAAGUUGCUGUUAUUCUUUUCUAUACCACCUUCCCAACCCACAGCCCAUACAUAUACGACUAAAUGCACGCAUGCACACUAACUGGGCAAUCAGUAAUGGCGAGGACGCUCCUUGCUCCCUUAUGUAUGUAUAAUUUGGUUUGGGGGGGCGCCUCUUUGCAACAAAGCGCAGCCCCUGUGUUUGGCGAUGCUGGGGGGAGAAGUGGGAGUUCUGGAAAACCAGGGACAUCUGUCAACUCAACCGCAGAUUAGACCUCGUUGAAAUACAGGCAUGGGACGCGGGUAGGGAGGGUCGGGCGCUCUCCCGUUUCAUUCGCUUCGUCCUGUUGCGCACAGCGCGCGCCUCUGUCUCUCCAGUCUCCAUCCCGCGCUCUCCAACGAGGCCGCUUUCCUUCUCCAUCCCGCGUAGAGAGAAAGGAAAACGAAGCACCCUUUUGGGCUCCCCUCUCCUUCCCUUCUCGACGGAGGGACUGGCUUCGCGCUGGCCCGGCUCCCAGCUGCCCCCAAGCCGCCGCUUGAUGUUCCCGGAGAGGGAGGCGCGGAGCAAGCGCGCAGGGACGCCGCGGAUGCGGAUGCUGCUCCCGCUGCUGUUCCGCCUGUGGCUGCAGCCGUGCGCCGCCGACUACUGUAGCUGGAAGGGCAGCGGCUUGAGCUGGGAGCCCCGCUCCCGUGCGGUGGAGCAGGUCCACCUGCGCUGUACCGAGGGCUUCCUGGAAUGGAUGUACCCGACACGAGCCCUCCGCGUCAUCUUGGAGCCCAACCUGUCCAGCGCUCAGCACACCGCCGUCUGCAUCAAGCCGUCCAACACUUUCCAAGGUGCCAACAUCUACGUGGAGAGGGACGGGCAGCUCCACCUGCUGCUGAGUGACGCUGAGGAGCCCCGCCUGCACCAAGUCUCCUGCUUCAGCACCCGCACGCCCCAGAGGGUGGCGCUUUUCCUGCAGGCCAGUCCUCAGAGGGACAUCAGCCGCAGGACCGCCAGCUUCCAGUACGAGUUGCUGAGCAACAAGACUGUCACUGGCCCAGACUUCCAGAAAAUGGCGCUCGUGGAAGCUAUGUGCCGCCCCUGUGACAACAUGGAACUUCUCAUGGCUAUUUGCAGCAGUGAUUUUGUGGUGAGAGGAUCGAUCCACAACGUCACCCACGAUGCGGAGAACCACAUGUCCCAGGUGGAAGUCGGCGCCCGGCGGGUCUACAGGCAGAAAAACCAGAUCUUUCAGCAAGAUAAAGUGAGCGGCGAAUGGCGAGGACCCGUCAAGACCUUGCUGCAGUGUAAGGUGAAGAAAGGAACCGGCGAUUUCCUCUUCACGGGCAAUGAGCACUUUGGGGAAGCUUGGCUGGGCUGUGCCCCGCGAUUUAAAGACUUUGGUGCCGUCUAUCGAAAAGCUAUUGAGAGGGGGGCAAAUCCCUGCGAGUUUCCAUUUGACUAAGGAGUCGCCAUGCCUGUCGUGAUGAUCCAAAGGACCAGUUUCAGGACAGCUUUCCAUAUAAGGGAGAACGAUGGCACUCGUGUUGUUUGGCAGAGGUGGAACGUCAAAAGAGAAGUGUGCGUUUUCUUUAAGGGAAAGGGAGCCGGAGAAUAGCGACAGGUUAGCUAACAAGUCUCUUCUCGGCAAUGGACUCGUUGUGCAGUCGUGGGCAAGUUAAGUCAACCCAGUUCCUGAUUGGGAAAAGGGGGAAGUUGUAGUGGCCUACCACACAGGGUUGUUGUGAGGGCAAACAAUAAAGAAUGUAAAGCACUUUGCUAAUAAAAAAAAGAACAGAG